UUUCAGAAUCGUGAUUUUCUCUUCCGGUACUUAUGAGUGAUGAAUCAGAACUAGGAAAUCAAAGUGAAAUGGAGUCAUUCAACGAGUCCGAUUCUCCAGAUGAAGCUGAUCCAGACGUUGUUAUCAUCCAUGACAUAGUUCAUCUACGUGCAAGUACUACAGGCGACUAUAGUCAAUCAGAAAUUGGGAAACUUCCCGAGCAAAACACGUUUUUCUUACCUGGAAGAGUUAAACGCAACAUUUCAUCAAACGACUCUGAUGUCAUUAUUGACGAGGAUGAGAUACCAGACGGAGCAAUCAGAAUUACUUCAGAUACUCAUUUCAUUGGAUCAAGUAGAGGUACUAGUGAACUCGGAGAUUUCGAGAUGGAUGAACAGGAAUUUUUGAAUAUAACAAUAGAAGAAAAUGGAAACGAACAGGAAUUAGAAGAACACUUGCGCAACGCAUACCGUCAUGAAGAAGAAGAGUGUUUUGAAGAAGAAGACGAUAUAAUUGAACUUCCUCCUCUACCUGUAAAGCCAGCUGUAAAGAAACCUCGAAGAAAACUGCCAAAACAUCUGAGUAUAGAGAGUGGAUCCACCGCAAAAACAUCAAAACUGGUAGCAGAAGUUGUUCACGAUCACCCAAGACCUGUCAAUUAUCGCAUGAAGCCAGCUGUAACUGAUGAUGGUAAAGUAGUUGAACAGAAACGGACUCGAGUGACACGUAACAUUAUGUCACACACAAUUCCGCAGUAUCAUUUGGAAGGUGAAGAAACUGAGUUUGGAAGAGUGAAAGAAUCUACUUUAUCAAAAACGAUCGAACAGUAUCUCCAAGCUGGCAAACUUGUUUCCCCAAAGUGCGACCAGUUUCGUGAACAAAUUGUAGCAACUGCGGUUGAAUACGAUGGAUCUGUGAAAAUGUUGCAGUUUGAAAAUGCAUUGAAGAAACAUUCCGGCAAGCAAAAACGCCUAAAAUAUCAAACCGGGUGGUGGAAAGCUUCUAAGAGUCAUUACGAGAGAGCAGUGAACGGUUAUGUUGCAAUGCCAAAAACCCCAGUAUUAUCAAUUUCUGAUGAUCCAGUUCUCUACAAACACCAUUCACUAUUUCCCAAGAACCAAUCUUCAGAACUUGAAAAAAUUAAUGUUCAACUGCGUAUUCGUUUAAACUCGAAACGGCAAAACAAUGAUGUUAUCCCCGACUCAUCUUAUUUUGUCAGAGAGUUCCUCAUGCAGAAGCAUUCAAUUUCGCUUCGUAUGAACCGUUCAUCGGAUCUUCCUGAACUCUUCGUCCCUCCAACUUUGGAAUGUGGAUAUUUUCCACAAGAUGCCGUUACAGUUCAACAGCAAGAGCACUACUUGAUGAUGCGUUUUGAAGAAGCUCAAGACGAAUAUCAUAAUAUAACCUACCGCAGCAUCGCCCCUCCCGUUGAAUUUCAAGUUGGAACAAUAUCGGCUAAAGAGCUUCACAAAUUUCAUCGUAUUGGCCGUCAUAUUCAUGGAUUCUUUGUAGUCUGGGAGAAUAAGUUUCCUGAAUAUGAUGAAAGUGGAAUAUGCUGUCCGAGAAAACGUUAUUUGGUCGAUAUGUUUAAUUUAAUAUGUUUCCCACUUUACACGGAAUACGAACAGUGGGAAAGUAGACUAAGAGUCGCAUUUGACAAGACCAUUGUUUAUAAUCUACAUCUUUCUGAGAUACUUCGAUGCAAUCGCCCGGUUUUCGAUUUUCUUUCAAAGAACAAAUCAAUGCUCCAACCAAUCACUCUAAAAGAAAUUGUUUAUCUUAUCGAGCAGUCAAACAUGGAUGCAAAAUCUUUUGCUGUAAAGUUUGGAUUACGGACCUUUUACGAUCACGGUCGAGCAACCAGUAAUAAAGACUAUCUAUCAGCUUUUCUAAUUAUUACCGGUGGAGCAAAAGUCGUCACAGAAGAAAUCGAUUCUGAGCGUCUAAGAGUUUUCAAUUCGGAUUACAUGGAAUCGGGAGUUCUGACGUCAUCGGGAGAUGUGUACACAUUUGAAUUUGACAAAAUACCAAACAACUAUCAAAUUUCCAUUGGUUGCAAUGCUGAUGGAGUGGCUGAAAUGGAACAAGAAGAUGUCAGGCAUGAGCUAUCAGAAUGUUCUUCUAGAAUAACCAGAAUAAUUGGUGAUUCAAAAAAACCAGAAAAAAUUAUUGCAAGGCCCCUGGUAAAAACAAACCAAAAUGACGGAAUGAAGUUCUUUACACGGAAAGAUUUACUUAAUUACCGCAUUAAACUGUACGAUCCAAGUUACGUUGUUCCACGUGCGAAAAAACAAAUUGUCAACGAGCCUGCAAAGAAAAAGCCUGGAAGAAAAUCGAAGACAAGAUAUGAUGCAGCAAUGCAACAAAACAAUUUCGAAAUUGAGGGUGUACCUUCCGACGUCGACUCCGAAUUUGAAGGAUAUUUAAGUGACAGUGAAAACGUAUUCCAGAAGCCGUCAAAGUUAAUGCGAUCAACGUCAUCUGAUUCAGUUUUCAUUGACUACCAGUACCGUGAAAAAAUGUUCCUUGAUGUUUCAUGGUUCCAUCAACAAAAAAUGAUUGAUCGCUCUCUACCGCCACUCAAAAAGAGGAAAAGAAAGAUGAAUAGAAUAUACCAUAAACAUUCCGUUCGAUACACAAUGUUACAAGCAAACGGCUGCGCGUUUACAGAAAUGUACAGAUGCUAUGAUAAAAUAUUGCCGUGUGGAACUAAGGAAAUUGCGCGAACCAAAAAUGCAAUUCGCUUCCCUCACAGAUUCCGAACCUACAAUAUUCCACAAGUCUAUGGGCCAGGGGACAAACAACUGAUUACCGAAGUAUUUGGUGUUGUGAAAGAUGUUAUCACCCGUGCUACAGGUUUUGAGAGUGCAAGCAUACGGACCGCCAAUGACAUUGCACAAGCUGUAUAUGACGCUAAUAUUGCUCGCCGAGAACUACUGGAGAACCUUGAGCCUAGUGAUAACGGUAUUCUUCCUAGCCCAGCGUACUUGGCGAUCGAGAUGCUUUCACAUCAGAAAAUGUCGGGACGACUCUGUUUGGAAUCAGCAAGGAAAGAUGUGCAGAAUAAUGUUGAUAAAAUGUACAACGACUACAUGGAUUUGGAUCCUCUUGAUAAGGAACUUCAUUUUGAAAUUUCACAAAGCAUUCGCCAGAGUAAAUUAAAUGAAAGUUUAGAGGAAUACGAGAGAAAUAGGGAAAGACAACUGGCCAAGACGUUGAAAACAGUUCCUAUGGACAAAAGAAGUCAGGCAGCAUUGGCCAGACGAGAAGAAAAACGAAGAGAAUCAAGAAGAAAACUUGCCGAUAAAUAUGCCGAACAGAGAAGAAUGAUGGCUAGCACCAGAAGGCUUGAAAAAAGGACGACUCAAAAACAAGUUGACCCCGAAACAAUUCAGCGGUUGCGGCGUGAAGAUGAAGUAAGAAAAAGGAAGCGUUUUGAAGAGGAAGAUAGAAGAGGUAUGAUACGACGACGUGAGGAACGUGUUGCAUUGCAGGAAAAAGUGGACAGAAUGUUAGAAGAAGGUUUACGCCUCGAGAAGGUACGUGAAGCCGAAAGAAUUCGACAGCAACAAGAAGAAGAGAGGAUCGAAAUGGAGACUAUUCUUAUUUCUCGAAGAGUGAGGGAAGAAGAGGAGGAAAAAAUGCGGUUGGAAAGAUUGCGUAAAGCUGAACGAGAACGUGAACAGGAGCGUUUGAAGCGAGAAGAAGAGGAAGAACGGAAACGUUUGGAACAACUCCGAGAAGCUGAAAAAUUGAAAGCAGAAAUUGAGAAAGAAAAUGAAAGAAAACUACAAGAAGAACGUACCAGAAAAGCACUUGAGUUGGAAAGAAAAAUCGAAGAAAUUAAACGAGUAUCGACGCUCAAAGAUAUGUUUGGGCCGCUGCCCAUUGCCAAAGAGAAUGAGCAAACCGAAAAAGAUUUCCAAAUACUCCUAGACGACCACGAGCUUACACUUCUAACAAUUUCUAGAGAUCCACUAAAUGAAAAGUACCAAGAAGCACGAACCGAAUUCGAACGCCUAGAUAUCAAAUCGAUGCUACUGAGAAAAGCCGAGAAACUGAUUGACGUACUCACUAUCCAUUACGAUGUGCCAAUUGAACAAACAUGCAGAUAUUUCACAUCAUCCAUUGAAAGCAAUGAGAACCGGAUGGCCGUAAACGAGCAACUGAAUAAACUCUUCGAAAACAUGGCUAAUUGUUUCACAUUCAACAUUCAAGAUGGUGAAAAUGGUCUUCAGUCCAAGCGAAAGUGGGAUUUCCAAUUCAAAAAGUGCGCAGUUUUUGACGGCGUUUCACAAUCCACUGUAAACUUCAUUGAAGAGAAAAUGCGAGAGAACACUAAGAAAAAGCAUCUUGCAACACCAAAAACUGUUAUAUCAAUUGAUACUAGUUUGCUGAAGCAAAGUCUUCUUCGUAGUCAUGCAAGGUUUGAUCCUGAUAUCAGUUUGUACGCUCAAAAUCACACUGCUAAUUCUAUUGGUGAUGUCACUCUAAAAAUGUCCAACUACUCUCUUGAUUUCGCAACACAAUCAAUUCACGAUAAAGAACUGGCUGAAAAAGCAACACCAAAGAAGGGACCAACUGUUCGGCGACACAUCAAAAAUCUGUUUGGUAGCGAGAAGGUUAUUGUCAGAAGAAGUUUAGCUGCUGGAAAACCAGCGAGCCUAAAUUCUGAGGAUAGUGACAGUGAAGAUUCAAGAGAAGGAUCCCCUGUUGCAGAAUUUCUACCAACAAACCCAGUUUGUAGUUUCUGGAAGCUUGUAGUCAAAAUAGAAAAUUCAACGACGGACAAAGAAAAAACAGAACUAUGUGAAGAUUUGGAUAAACUUAUUCUGAGAAAAGAUGAUUUGUUCUCCAAAAGCUUGAAGUGGAUGUUCCCCCUACUAGCAACAUUUUAUGUGCUUUUGUCGAAUGCAGUUUUAAAUGAGAAUGAAGAAAUCAUUUCGGACAAAAAUCAAACAGGAGUCACAAAAGAUGAAAUCUUGAAAUCCACGAUCAACGAUUUGAUGAUCAUUGCCGCCUACUUUGAAGAAGGAUCUCGAGAGCGAUCAAACUUAAGAAAGAUGAUUUCUAUGAAUGGGUUUUCAGUCGUAUUCAAUCGGGUUAUAUUAUUUGCCAAAAAAACUUGCACACUUGCAAAAGAGCUCGAAUCAAAUUCACGAAGUCUUUCCGGCUAUGUAAUCGAGGAUCUAUUUGAAAGUUUAUUGGCGGAAAUAGAGCGGACGAUGCGACAAGAACUUGGUUCUAGUGUGAGAAAAACUGGCAAACUUGAAAGAGACUUUGAAGAAAUAGUCAAACUCAUUCAAAACGAGAAGAAGCUUGCUCUUUCCCAUAAGUCUCAUAAAAAUGAUGAGAAUCGAAGAUUCCGAUUGAACACCGUUGUAAAGUGGUACGAUGCCAUAAUUUGUCAUUGCAAAGAAGAACUCACUCAAGCAAUAGUUGACGCAUUUCCGCUCAAUGCAAUCACUAAAAACAAAGAAACAAGUCACGUUGCUAUGGAGAAUGGAGACGACGAAGCCAUGCUUUCCGACACCUCGGAUAACCAAAUGAGCACAACAGAUUAUCAAAUGCCCAAAAAUAUUUGCCGUAAUUCUGAAAUUUUCCCCGAAGAUGCAUUUGCCAAAGCGUAUGCUGUUGUCAGAAUCCCAUCGAAGAAAGAACGAGCACAGAUGCUAUCAGUGUACCGGAAGAAAAACGCUCAAUCAGGUUGUGUAGAAAAUAAGGGUUUAUCCAGAAUGCCCAAAUUCGAAGAACCAUUUGUGGACAGCGUUUGGCGGACGAUCGAGAAAAGAAUUAACAAUAUGACUCACUCCGAGGAAAAACAAAUCAAACGUUUCAUCCCUGUUAGCAGAAGUCACAAGCUGAAUGAGAAAGUGAAAUUUUAUGCCAUGGUGAUGAUACAAGAACGCGAUUCAAGGGAUACGCGUCUGUUCAAUUCAAAGUUUCAAGACGACAAUUUAUGGCACUGCUAUUCAAAAUCAAGCUUAAAUCAUGAAAAGAUGGAAAGCAGAAUAUUACAACACAUUGAGCACACUGUUUUGUCAAAAUCAAACUUCAACCAAAUGAAGUGGUCAGUUCAAUGCGUUAAUGGAAAUAAAAAAGAUGCAAUCCACUAUUUUACUGAUUUGUACAAAUACCGAUCGGAGAGUGAAUUCAGAUCAGCACUAUCAUGCGGAAAGUUGAAAUUCAAUUUCAAAGUGUACACACAUUUGUGGUUUAUGGGAAAUCUUCUUCCAACCAGUUACAAUCCGGAUAGUCACGAUGACAAACUUUUCGUACCAUGCAGCGGCUGCACCAGUGGUGAUGUGAUUAUUAUACACAAAUGCACCUGUGCAUAUCACAACGAUACGUUUUCUGACAAGUUCAUCUAUGCAAACACAAGCCUGCCGGUUGGAAUCGACAAAGUAACGCGACUCGUUGGACGUUUUGUGUGUGAGCACGGUCCAAGUUCUUUUCUUAUUCUGGAACAUUGCUCUGCAAAUGUUGACGCGAACAUUCCUUUUGAAUCCGAAAAUGUUGAAUUUUCUGCCGAGCUUCGAAUUGUGAAGCGAAAAACUAUGCACAGUCAGCUUGUUAAGACUUUUGCCGAGGAGCACACCCAUUUAAGGGACGCAAGCAGACAUCGAGCGAUUUCUACAGUGACACUCGAUAGUUCCGGUUCCGGAAGGUCAACUCGUUGCGAGAUUUUUGAAGACAGUCCUAGUGAAGAUGAAAACGAUGAAAAUCAAUUGGACACAACACGAAUCGGAAGAAAAAUCGAUCCAAUAAUUGUGGAUUCUGAUAAAGCUUAUUUGAUUGCCGAGGGUGAACGCAUGGCACUUCGCAUCAAGAGACUUUUAGACCCCGAGCUUCAAAAGUUCCGGAGCAAAAAUUUCGUAUCGAGAUCAAAAAGCGUAGAUGCUCCAAAAACUUCAAAACAAAAAACAGUCAUCAGACGUUCUCAAUCAGUAUGCGAUCUCAAUGAUGUUAAUGAGUAUGCUCAGAAGAAAGUGAGAAACACGAAAGAUUCAUUUGCAACUUUAUUUAGAGACCAUGAGUAUUCAACGCGCCGAACGUACGAAGAACAGUUGAACAAUGAGCUUCUUGAUGUUGUUACGACAUUUGGAGGUGCCAGCAAUGUAUCUGCAGACAAGAAAUACAACAUCCUAGCGUCUAUUCUCGCUUUUGAAAAAGAAGUUCAACUUGUGAAUGAUAAGAAUGGAGAAUUAUUCAAGACCGUUUCGAAUUUAGUUCAAAGAAAUAGUUUGCAACAUGUGAAAGGUGUUAUACUCGCAGAGGACAACCAAACGUUGCGAAGCACGGACAACACUUCUGAAGUAUUCCCAGAAUCUAAAGCAGUAAAUGAGUAUUUAAAGUUUGAAAUCUACAAAAGAAAAAUGAUGGUAAAUGCUAAACUGAUGGCCGAUACAGUUAAAGAUCUGAAACUAAAACAUGCUGAAUAUAGACCGUUUGCAAAACUCAUUGCAACAUACGAUUCAAUUUUCAAGUUCAAUGUUUACUUAUUCGAACACUUCCUUAACUGCAUCAGCAAGCACGUGUUCAAUCCAUAUGCAAUUUAUUGUGAGGAAACAAGACCGACAGGAACUGAGUUGAGCAAAUUUCAAUUGACACUCAAGUUAAUUGAAACAUCUAUGCCAACUGUAUUGAGCAUGCUAUUCAACACUGAACCUCUACGUCGGCAACUUUCUGAGCUUUCGGAAAUACACAAAAAAGUUCGUUCGGAAGAUUUGGCGUGUACUAUUGCAUCCCUUUGUCGUUACGCUAUUGAAAGAAUUCGCAUUCCCCAAACUGCCGAUAAAAGGCUCUGUGAUUUCAGUUGGUUGAACUCUGCUGAAGAUCACCGAGAAACAGUUUCUUUUAUUCGGCUUACUUUGGAACACACUCUGCCCGAUAUGAAAACAGAAAACGAACAAACGCGUUUUGUUGAAUUCCUGAAAGAAGCGGAAGGUUUUCAUUUUUCUUACAAAUUCGUGGAAGCCCAAUGCAAAACUUUUGUUCGAAAUCAUGGUGACUCCAAACAAGCAUUCUUCACUGCUUUUUACAAUCAAAAUGAGGCGUUUUAUGGGAGCCUGCAGAAAUUCAUGUCAAAUGGAACGAUCGACCCAAAAAUGAAAUUGUAUUAUCAACAUCAAGCCUUUUUGCGAUUACAUAAUAUUGUGAAAAAACGCUCUCAUAUAAUCACUUCGGACGAUUACCAUCGAUCUUCUGAUGUUUGCAAAGCGAUGCUCUUGUCUGAAAUUGUUUCGAAUCCAAAAAUCGCACAAGAAGCAUAUAUCAGUGGAAGUGUGCUGGAUCGAAUGUACACAUCACUAUGCAAAAUUAAAGCAAAGAUGCCAUUGAUCAGUCCAUCAUACAUUGGAACGUCUUUAACUUGCUUUGAGGAUGAGCUCUUAUUUUCUGCUGUUCGAGAAGCCAAAGUCCAUACUGAUACUAGAGUGGUAUUUCGUAGUAAGAGCUGUAUGCGACCAAACGAAAAAGCAGGGGAUGCAAACUUCAAGACAUGUAAAGUCACUCUUUUGGUUAAUCUGGAAACUGCACUACUUAGUAUGGUUUUCAAGUCACGUGACCAAUCUGAAAUCGAUAAAGAUGAUCGACUUGAUAUUGAUAUUCUGGAUGAAGAAGUCAUUAAACCGAUUAUUGAUUGGAAUAGGAUAUUUGAAACUUUCAUUCAACCAACGUACAAUACUUUGUUUUCCAGAAUGGAGAAGCGUGAACGUGUGAGCAUCUUGCCAGAAAAUCCGUUGGGUCGACUCGAAAACUAUGCAUUCACAAAUCCUAACCAAGAUAAAGACUGCCAAGCAGUGUUAGAGUAUAUCGAUGUUGCAUCAGAUACUGACGCAGAAGAAUCCAUUGAAGAUCCAUUAGACAUUGUUGAAAUGACUUUGAAAAGAGCUUUGCCACGAUCUAUGAGCCCAUCUUCGAAAAGAAGAAGAAUGAGAUAAUCUUACAACGAAUUGUGUUCUAUACGUGUAUUUACUCGCAAUCUCAAAUCACUGGCAUUAUUUUACACUUCUUUCUAAAUUUUGAGUACACCAUACUCUCAUAUUCCCAGUUUAGUAAUUUCGAUACUACUUUGAUAAUUAUAUCAAAAAAUUUCUUUCAUAUUAAUUUUUUUUGCUCAAGCUCGGUUUUAUUAAAUUGUAAAUUUUACUUGUAAUUCAUGUAUCUAUUUAUUUGUUGUUCGUUGUUUUCAAACACUCUCCAUGCAUUUUUUCUUGUUAUUUGUAAUUUACAAAAUCUUUCAAUUUAAUAAAUGUUAAAAAUUAUU